AUGGAUCAAUUAUCUGAGGAUAUAAUUGUCAAUAUAUUCUCAAAUUUACAGGCGAAAAUCGUUCUAGAAUUAAGGUGCAUCUGUAAACAAUGGCGUCGAAUCAUCAACGGAAGUUGUUUUGGGCCACAACUGGCAGAGAAGCACUUGAAGAAAGGCAUAGAAGACCCCAUACUUUUACAUCAUAGUAAUAAGCCUUCUGAAUCCCAUGAUAACCCUAAUAAUAAUAGUCCCUACAUAGAAUGGGAAGAUUGGAAAGAUGGGAACAAUAGUGAUCAACAAAGCGUUUUGGAGAUUAAUUUGAAGCUAUUUCCAUGGCCUUCUUCUUCUACUGCAAAACCAAGUAAUAAAGACAAAUUCUUAUAUGAGAGCUCUGCCAGUGGUAUUCUUUGCUUCACAAGAAAAACAUCCCAAGACGAUCACUGUAGUAAGACGUCCAAACCCUAUUUGGUUAACCCUUUGAGAAAAGAGGUUUUAGAAUUACCACCUUUAAACCUAGAACCACUAAAUUCAUCCCAAAAGCGCUAUUUAUCGUACGGAUUCGGAUUUGAUAAAUCACUGAGAAAGUGCAAGGUUGUAUGUUUUGUUCUCGAUGUGAGUGGUGAUAUCGUAGAUUCUAUGAUUUACUACACACUAAAUCAACAAAAAGAAUCAUCAUCAUCAAAAUGGAUUCAACUCACCAAAUCACAACCUAAAUGUGUUCCGUUCCCAAGCCCUAUAUGUAUUGAUGGAGUUGUUUAUUGGUCUUGUUGUUAUGAUAAUACUUAUAUGAUCAUGGCCUUUCAUCUGGAGAAGGAAGAAUUUAGAUUGGUUUCUUUGCCAUUAAAGCUUGAAGAUUAUUCUCCUGCUAUUUUUGAAUUGAUUGAUCUCAAUAGAGGAGUUCUGGGUUUUGCGGAUUUAUCGUCUACAAAUCACAUUGAGAUAUGGAAUUUGAAUGAGAAGGAAAAUUGGAUUAAAAUGUACAGAUGUGAAGUGAGACCACCAUAUCUUUGGCCUAAUAGAUUUCAUCCAUAUCGAGUUUUAGGGCCAUGGAAGAAUGGUGAAUUAUUACUACGUUUUCUUGAUCAGAGUAUCAUGACAUAUAAUCCAAACACUAAUACAUUUAAAUACUUCAGUGUUCCACUACUUCAAGAAGAUGAGAAUACACGAUACUAUAGCUACUCGCCAAGCCUGCUUUCUCUUUCAUGGUUUCAAGACCAGCUGUUGGAAUAA